AGAGAGAGAGAGAGAGAGAGAGAGAGAGAGCAGAUGGGAACCAGUGUUGGGAAUGUUACCUCGUAAAGUUAAAAUCUCAUAGUAGGUAUUUAUAUUUCAUUUACUUUCCCGACGUAAUGUAGAAUUAACUAAAGUGUCAAAAAUACAAUGUUUUAUGUGUUUAAAGAUUUCCAAAAUAAUAGCUUGCACCACAAGGUGGCAUCGCAAUGGAAUCUGCCACUGGGUAGCCAAUGAGCUCCGCAUGCCGCUGGAGUACACCCGGAUUUUGUCGCAAGCCAAUCGCGGGAAAGUAGAAACAAACGAGUACUUGCACCCACAUUCUUACUUACAGACCAUUUAGGGUCCCAUUGACCUACAACGCAUGUUUUUGGAAUGUGGGAGGAAAUUGGGGUGCCUGGAGAAAAAAACACGGGCACAUAGAUAACAUGCAAACUCCACACAGGAAAGCAGGGAUUUGAACCCGGAACCUCAGAACUGUGAGGCGGAAUUGCUAAAAAGCAACGUCACGUGACAAAAACCGCAGUCAGGAAGGAGUUCUCCGUGUCAAGAGAACAUGAAAGCAGUAAAAAUAUAAUUUACACCUGAACAUAAACAAAUAUACAAAGACCAGGACAUCUUUUGAAUGUAGUAAUUCUGAAUUUAUGAAUGAGCGCAUUCAUGUAGGGCCACGCCCCCUCCCAAUCUCGUUUUUGGUUGGUUGGGACGCGUCAGCGCGCAGCUUCGCGCCGAUUGGCUCGCGGAGCAACAGUGGGCGCGGCUACUAUAAAAAGCACCGCGCUCAUAUAAAAACAAGCCCCGGCACUUUGAUCGAUGACAUUUAACAAGUGAUGGGGGACGUUUCGUGAACGCGGAGCGAGUUGGAUGUAAUCUUUUGUGGACGAACUCUAUUGUUGCUGAACCGGAAGAGGAUUUUUUUUGUUUGUUCUGUAACAAGUCGCGCUUGUCGCCUUCUAUGUGAGUCAAUUGACAGCAUGGGGAUUUUGCUCUUACUUGCAGUCAUGCAAGCGUUGACAGUCGCUUUGGUGACUGCAGAGUGUCCGGUGGUGUGCGAAUGUCCGGCCAGGCCCCCGUCCUGUCCCCCAGGCGUGAGUUCUGUCCCGGAUGGAUGUGGUUGCUGCAAAGUGUGCGCCGCACAGCUGAACCAGGACUGCCACGAAGGUCAGCCCUGUGACCAUCAUAAAGGCCUGGACUGCAACUAUGGCAACGACGUCGGCCGUACCAUUGGCAUCUGCAGAGCAAAGGCAGAGGGCCGCUCCUGCGAAUACAGCGGGCGAAUCUACCAAAAUGGCGAGAAUUUUCAAGCUGGCUGCAAGCACCAGUGUACCUGCAUCGACGGGGCAGUGGGUUGCGUGCCCCUUUGCCCCAGCCACGUGCCCCUGGCGUCACCUUCCUGUCCGGCCCCGCACCUGGUCAAGGUGCCGGGCCAGUGCUGCCUCAGCAUCGACUGCCACAAGGGAACAACCGUUGUGCCGCCCGUGCACCUCCGACCUCAACCCCCGGCUUACCCGCCGUACCCCUUCAUUCCCUACCCGGUCUACCCUUACGUGAAAGCGUAUGCAAAACCACACCAGAAGCUGUAUCCCUACAAACCCAAAAACCAGAUGGACACCCUGGGAAACGAGUUGGUGGAGGUGGGCCGCAAAUGGGACAAGCCACGUGGCCACAAGCACCUGGCGGCGUGGAAGCAGGUGGGAGAUCAGUGCGUGGUCCAGACCACUUCCUGGUCCCAGUGUUCUCGCAGCUGUGGGACGGGCAUUUCCUCUCGCGUCACCAACGACAAUGCCCGCUGUAAGCUGGUCAAGGAGACCCGUCUGUGCAAUAUACGACCCUGCAGCUCCAUGGCGAUCCCAGCCAAGAAAGGGAGGAAGUGCUCCCGAACCCACAAGGCCCCCGAGCCUCACCGCCUGUCCUACGCCGGAUGUCGGAGCACCCGCCUGCACAGGCCCAACUACUGCGGCGUGUGCAGAGACGGCCGCUGCUGCUCACCGCGUCGCACCCGCACCGCCAGCAUCACCUUCGCCUGCCCCGACGGCGAACGCUUCACCAGAUCCGUCAUGUUCAUCCAGUCGUGCAAGUGCAGCGACGAGUGCAACCAUCUGAACGAGGCGGUCAUGCCCCCGCAGCUCUGGCUCUACGGAGACACACACAAGUUCAUUGACUAGUUCCCUUUCUCACUCCUCAGACCCUACAUUCCAAGCCACAAAAAACAAACAAAAAACAUUGACACUCCCACCCCCGCUGUCCCCAUUACGCCUAUUUUGAAAUACUUGGGAAUUAUUUAUUCACUGUAUUUUUUAGUUUAUUCUGAAUUUGAUCUGUAUCCCCCCCCUUCCCGUCAUUUUGUGUAUGUUAACCUUUAUUGAGCCAAUACACUUAUUUUACAUUGGGAAAAAAAAUCAUAACAUACCACCAGAAAAGGUCACAAAAAGUGGAUACGCAGGUUAAUUGCUACCUAGUGGAAUUACAUUCAAUUGUUUUGCCUAUCAGUGUACAGCCAUCCAUCCGAUAUCCCUUUCUCCUAUCCUCACCCGGGUUGCGGUCAUCAAUUAACCUACUGUAUAUAUCUUUUUGGAACGUGAAGGGAAACCGGAGCACAUGGAGAUAACCGACAUGGGCACGGGAAGAACAUGCACGAGGCCAGAUUCAAACUCGGGUCCUCAGAACUGCAAGGCAAACAUGCUAGCUAGUCAUCCACCGUGCCACUAGCUAGACAGCACUAUUUUUUUAUGAGUUAAUGUACAAUUUUCUGUGGAGGAACUAAAUGUGCCAAAACACACUGGUUGGGAAUCAUUGUAUAAAAUUGAUGCAGAGACCCUCAAUGGGCCCACAAUCUAGACCAUAGGUGUCCAACUCUGGCCCAGGGUCCAAAUUUGGCCUGCAGUGUGAUUAUAUUUGGCCCACGAGGCAAUUUCAAAUUAAUAUUAGAGCUGACCCGCCAGUAUUACAAGUAUUACACACUUGUUUGGUUCCAUGUUAAAAGGUUCAUUUGUUCAACUUUGGCCCGCGGCUUUCUUCAAUUUAAAAUUUUGGCCCACUGUGAAUUUGAGUUUGACACCCCUGAUCUAAACCAAAGUCAUCCCCCACGACAGCAUUCCCUUCUAAAUCUGUACAUUAAAGCAGUGAUUUCCAUUAUCAAAUGUGCCAUGAAAAAUUAUGUAGUCUGAUUGAAGUGGUCUUUAAGUUAUUAGCAAUUCACAACAAAUAAUGUCUUUUAUUUAAUCAAUCUAUGGCAGUGACGUAUGAUGACAGGAAGAAUAAUUCAAUAGUCUUCCACUAGGUGGCAGAAGGAGCAAUAAUCCUUUAUAUCCACUUUUUGUCCUUCACAUAGAAUAAUUUCAUGCUCAUUUUUGGCUCAUAAUUUCGGUACAUCUUUGUCAUAUGGUGAACCAUGAGUUUUCUAAAAUCAAAAAUUUAAACUUGGCUCAAUAAAAAAAGAAAGAAAAAAAGGAGGGGGAAAAUUACAGAUUAUAUUAUUCCACUAUUCAUUACAGAACAAACAAAACAAGAAAGAAAACUACAAUUGGAGAAUAAUGUAUAAGUAUUAUAAAAAUAGGGAGUGACUUUUCAAUCACUCUGUAAAAAGACUGUCCUUAUCCAAUCAGUGUGUAGAUGCGAAACGUCAUUUGCAAAUUUUUCGGGGACAAAAAGGGGAAGGAUUUGUGAGCAUCUUCAUUAGAUCACCUCUGCUUUAGUGUAGUUUAAUUUUUUUUUUUUUUUGGCCUUGCUGGAGAAUUUUGCUUCUCCAAGCCAGCAAGCUGUGCACCAAGCACCCCCCUCCCCUGAACUCUGUGAGACUUUUGUUUGGGGGGGGGAGGACAUGUAAAUAGCUGCCGCACUAAUACAUAUCUGUUGCUGAUUUAUUUUGUGGGUCAUGUGACAGAAGUUAUGCGUGAAUGUGGCCUAUUAUUGUCCCGAAGGCCUGAUGACGAUGUCAUUCUGACAUGUGCGUGCCCCCGUGACCUUAUAUGGUAUUUAUUCAUAUUUAUUGUUGGGUUUCGCACACAAGCCGGCGGCCGUUAGGGAAGUCAGCACGUUUGGAGGAUCCGAGGGACAAAAACAGCCGAGGUCCGUCAGCUGCUGAUGGAGGUGACCUCCCACAGAUUGACAUCAAUCAUAGAUCACCAUUGGCUGGUGAAAGCUACUGGGGAACACCCCCCUCCCCACUUAAAAAAAAAAAAAAAAAAAAAGAUGAAGCCUGAUGUUUUGGGGAUUUGAAAUGCAUGUCAAAGGGUGUUUACACAGCUGAACUCAUCCCCUGCUUUGUCUCCUCAAGAAACUGAGGCAUUUAGCAAGCACCGGAGGGACAAGCCUGGGAAUCUGGCGUCGGGAAGUCUGUGCAAAUUACAAUCCUAAUUUAAGCAGCAGCGAGAGAUAAAUCCUCGCCCGCUGGGUUGCUGUAAAAAUAAAAAUCCAAAACUGUGUGCCGAGGUAAACCUAUCAUUUAUGACGAGAGGGCGGAACCGCCGCGCUGCCGAAAAGGGCCUGUCAUCAAGGAGCUACGGUUGGAGGCCGAUUCAUGAACCCAAACCAUUAGUCACGCUUCUUGCCGUUGCUGCAAAUUGGACUCAAUGAAGGGACGACAGUCGCAAAAGGGUUUUGGCUCUGCAGUCAACAAGAAGGUCAUUUCUAAGGAUGUUUUUGGAACUUGAUUCGUGACCUGACGUAGUAACAUGCCUUGUCCAUAACCACAUACACAUUUUAAACCAUAGUUCUCUUACUACUGUGCCAUAGCACCUUUUUUCUGCCGUUGCUCUGGAACUAUUCCUAUAGUUUUGUUUUAGGGACAUACUAGAGCAGCAAUGUCGGGGCUAUAUAUGGGCCGACCUUUUUCCCGGUUGUACUGACAUAGUCCAUGUAUAUUUUAGCACUGAAUACAUCUGGCAUCGGAUCCUUUAUGUGCAUCUUGGUGCAAAUGCUGAGGAUUGUAAAUCCACGAGUGUACAUUAGACUCCAUCUGUAAUAAUUACAGCGUGAUUUUAAUUGUAGAUUCCAUUAAAGACUUGUACAGAGUCAAUGAUUGUUGGAAGAAAGACAGCCAGCCUCACGACUGUCUUUAAGGAAUUUAUGGGCAAACACUUCACUCCUCCACCUGGAUGUCAGAAAUGUUAUCGUUGAUCUUAUAACAUCUGACCAAGGUUUAAAGCAUCAUUUUAUUUUAUGAUCACAAAUUAUAGUCUUUCUAAGAAUAUUACACGAGUCGGGGCAGCACAGUAACUGACUGGUUAGCAGAUCUGCCUCACAGUUCCGAGGACUCGGGUUCAAAUUCAGUCUUCCC